UGUUCCUCCUUUCCCUCUUUUGCUAGUUCCCAUGCAUUUCUCACUCCGACUCUCACAGAAAAGGAAACGGAUUUCCAUAAUAUCUGACACAUUUUUCUUCCAAUCGGGCAUCCAAAAUUGUCUGUUCUCUCAGUCAUCCCAACCGCAAGUUCCAAUGGAGAUUUUCCACUCCUCCUUCUACUUAAUCCUUCUCCUCCCUCUUCUCCUCCUCUUCGCGGCGGUUUCCGCCGCGGAUAUCUACUCAGACACCCUUCUCAGCUUAAAAUCCGAGCUCACAGAUGCCAAUGGCAGCUUGAAAAAUUGGAUACUCCCUUCUACAGAAAACCCACCUGGCAAAAUCCACGCAUGUUCUUGGUCCGGCGUCAAAUGCAACACCAACAACUCCGCCAUUACUGGCUUAGACCUCUCAGUAAAGAGUCUCGCCGGUGAAAUUUCCGGCGAUCAAUUCGCCGUCUUCGCCGACCUUGUAUCACUCAAUCUCAGUCACAACUCGUUCUCCGGUCACCUCCCCGCCGGAAUCUUCAACCUCACCAACCUCACAACAUUAGACAUCAGCAGAAACAACUUCUCCGGCCACUUCCCUACCGGCGUCUCCGCCCUCCAAAACCUCAUUGUACUCGACGCAUUCAGCAACAGCUUUUCUGGGUCGCUCCCCGCCGAAAUAUCAGACCUUCAGAACCUCAAAAUCCUCAAUUUAGCAGGAAGCUACUUCCGGGGACCGAUCCCGUCUGAAUACGGGGCUUUCCGCCGGCUCGAGUUUAUUCAUCUCGCCGGGAAUAUGAUCACCGGAAGCAUUCCGCCGGAACUGGGGAAGCUCAAAACAGUGACCCACAUGGAGAUUGGCUACAAUUUUUACCACGGAAGCAUUCCGUGGCAAUUGGGGAACAUGACGGAGCUCCAGUAUCUCGACAUUGCCUAUGCAAAUCUCUCCGGCGCUGUCCCAAAAUCCCUCGGCGAUCUCGACAAUCUCGAAUCCCUCUUCCUUUUCAGAAACCAGCUUUCUGGGUCAAUUCCGCCUGAGCUCAGCAACAUCAGAGCUCUCCAAAGCUUGGAUCUUUCCGACAAUCUGAUUUCUGGGUGGAUCCCAGAAACCUUUUCGGAGCUGAAAAACCUUAGACUCCUCAGUCUUUUCUACAACGAGAUGAGCGGCGAAGUUCCCGACGGAAUUGCAAAGCUUCCGUCUUUGGAGACGCUGCUUUUGUGGAACAAUUUCUUCUCCGGCAACCUUCCCCGGAGCUUGGGGAGGAACUCGAAGCUCGGAUGGGUAGACGUCUCCACAAACAACUUCAACGGCAGCGUUCCGCCUGAUAUCUGUGCCAAUGGUCAGCUCCUUAAGCUGAUGCUGUUUUCGAACAAUUUCUCCGGCGAUCUCUCCACUUCUCUGUCAAACUGUUCGUCUCUGGUUCGUCUUCGACUCGAAGAUAACAAGUUUUCAGGUGAGAUUCCAUUGAAAUUCAGCACUCUGACUGACAUCACAUAUGUUGAUUUAUCUGGGAACAAUUUUAGUGGUGGGAUUCCAAUGGAUAUUUCAAAAGCUCAAAAGCUUGAGUACUUCAAUGUCUCUAGAAAUCCAGAAUUAGGGGGCACAGUUCCUGCAGAAAUGUGGGAAUUGCCAAAUCUUAACAAUUUUUCGGCUUCCUCGUGUGGCUUGAUUGGCAAUGUUCCUUCGUUCAAAAACUGCAAAUCAAUAUCUGUUGUUGAAUUGAGCAAGAACAGCUUGGAAGGAACUGUCCCGAAAAGUAUUUCUAGCUGCCGGGUUCUUGAGAGGAUUGAUUUAGGUAGCAAUAAUAUAUCCGGUCGUAUACCCGAGGAGCUUGCAAGUCUUCCUGCUCUUCUUGUUCUUGACCUGUCACAUAACAGCUUCAAUGGACCAAUACCUAAAACUUUUGGUUCUUCUUCGAGUUUAGUACUUCUAAAUGUGUCUUACAAUGAUGUUUCCGGGAGUAUUCCAUCCGAAAAGGUAUUUAGAAUGAUGGAACGAAGCGCGUUUGAUGGGAAUCCAAAGCUGUGUGGAGAGCCUCUCAGAUCAUGUCCUGGCUCAGUGUCUAUAUUUGGAAGCAGAGUCGCCGGGAAGCUUCUGUGGAUCGCACUACUCUGCAUCGGAGUAGUUAUGUUCGUUACUCUAUCAGUUAUGGGGAUAUUUUACUACCAUAAAGGCAGCAAAGGCCAGUGGAAGAUGAUCUCGUUUGCUGGACUUCCUCAAUUCACAAAAAAUGAUUUAUUGAAGAGCUUCAGUUCGACAGAAUCCAUGGAUGCAUUGCCACCUUCGUCAGCUUCAGUGCGGAAAGCAGUUCUGCCAAUGGGAAUCGCAGUUUCGGUAAAGAAGAUUGAAUGGGGAGCAAAGAGAAUGAGAGUUAUGCUGGAAUUUGUAACACAAAUAGGAAAUGCAAGGCAUAAGAAUUUAAUUCGAUUGCUUGGAGUUUGCUACAACAACCAUCUGGCUUAUCUCUUAUACGAUUACUUGCCCAAUGGAAACUUGGCUGAAAUGAUAAGUGUGAAAAGCGAAUGGGCAGCCAAGUACAAAAUUAUCAUCGGCAUUGCAAAGGGAUUACACUUCCUUCACCACGAAUGUUCUCCUACAAUAACACAUGGAGAUCUGAGAUCAAGUAAUAUAGUGUUUGACGAAAAUAUGGAACCUCAUUUGACAGAAUUUGGGUUCAAGCACCUGCUCGAGUUGAACAAAAGUUCGUUUACGGCAGCAACUUCCACCUGGGAUGCAGGUGAUAACAUCAGUGACACAAAAGAGGAGCUGUGCAGGGACGUAUACAGCUUUGGGGAGAUCAUGCUGGAGAUUCUAAGCAACGGCAGGUUGACAAAUUUUGGCGCAAGCAUACAGAGCAAGUCGAGGGAAGUUGUUCUGCGGGAAAUCUACAACGAGAACGAAGCUGGUUCCGACAUUUCAAUGCAAGAGGAGAUAAAACUGGCAAUUGAGGUUGCUAUGCUUUGCACCAGGAGUAGGCCAUCCGAUCGACCAUCCAUGGAAAAUGCAUUGAAGCUUUUAUCCGAGUCGAAACUCCAGAUGAAAAAUAACCCAACUUUUGAAACUGCAGGGUGAUGAAUUUAGAUGCAGAUUGCCACAAGAAACCAAGGACGUAUACGCAAGAUGAAGUACUUAACUGGUAAGAGUGAGCUGUUUGUAGUCAUUCCAUUUUGUUUUGUAGUUUGUUUGUAUUGUAAGCGUAAUAAAUGCUUUAGCUGUAUAAUAGUGCCAUGUAAUGUAAGUUUGUGUACCGUUGCGUGGGUUGUCUAGGUUAAUCACGUACUCACUACUAUGCGGUUUAACGUUAUUGGCCUGAGAUACCGCCAUAGUGACUUUUGGUAGUUUUACUCCAUACAAUAUGUGUGUAUGUGUGAGCAAUAUAUCACUGUACGACUAAAA